AUGGUGCCGGUUUCAAGCCACUGGCAAUGGAUUGUUUCAGGGUGGGAGACUGUUGUGCUGGGCCGGGCCAUCUUAUAUGCAGGUGACGAGGUGUGGUGGCUGCAGAACUCUUUUUUCGCUGCGUCGCAUUACUGGGCCUUGAACUUCAAUGACAUCCUCUCAGGUUUUGUCACACUGUUCUCCAUCAUGAUGGUCAACAACUGGUUCGUGAUAGCUGGCGCCUGCAUCCUGGUGACGACGGAAUAUUCUGCGAUUUUCUUCAUCUGUUUUUUUGUGAUAGUCAACCUCAUUGUCCUCAACAUUCUGAUUGCGUUGAUCUUGGAGUCCUCCCAAGCCGUGCGUGAGGAGCUCCAGGAACCCAUCGAGUUAGACUUGACCCUGGAAGAAGCCCAGCUGCCAG